UUUAAUAAUUAAUAAUAUAUAACUUAUGAGCUUGUAAAACAUUCAGCUUAUUUAAAUUAUUUACAUCCUUUUACAAAAUCGAGUUAUCUCUAUUGCAACGUAAAGCAGGUACUAUGCAGGUGCUGACAGAAAGUUUGUUGCUAAGAGACAAAAGUAUUGUUUGAUCUAAUUCCGUUCUAUCAAAAUAUGUCAUAUAAUCUCUUAUAUUAAUAUAUUAAACUCAAACACAAUAUGUAAUUUUGAACUCCUGGAAAUAGAGACAGGUAUCGGAAUGGUAAAUGAAAAAGAGUUUUGGUCGGAAAUUCGAAAGGACAUACCGCGAUACAAGAAAAGGAAGCCACGAGUAGUUCCUGCAUUUACUAUUCAAGCUUUGCAGGAGAACACGAUUGUUGCGAAACCGCCGCGAUGCAAAUUGUAUAAACCACGUCCGCCUAAACCGUCGACCUUCCGAAAGUUCUACAAACGUGGCGUAUUCCCUAUUUCUCUAGAAAACAUCGGUUUUGAUCAGAAAAUUAACUGGAAGGUGGAUAUAGAGGACUUGGAUUUUCAUCAUUAUCUACCAAUGUUUUUCGAUGGAUUGACAGAAACGGAACAACCGUACAAGUUUCUGGCGGAGCAAGGGAUAUCUGACAUGCUGGAGCGCGGUGGAUCAAAGAUAUUACCAGUUGUUCCUCAACUAAUUAUUCCUAUUAAGAAUGCUUUGAAUACAAGAAUACCAGAAAUAAUCUGCACGACUAUGAAAGUUCUUCAGCGUUUAGUACGUUCAGCCGAUUGUGUCGGUGAAGCUUUAGUUCCAUAUUUCAGACAAAUUUUGCCUAUUCCUAACUUACUCAAAGAUAGAAAUGUGAACCUUGGAGAAGGCAUUGAUUAUUCUCAGCAAAGAGGGGAAAAUGUAGCAGAUAUUAUACAAGAAACCCUCGAAAUAUUGGAAAUAUACGGAGGCGAGGACGCUUUUAUCAAUAUCAAAUACAUGGUUCCUACUUAUGAAUCUUGUAUGAUGAAUUAAAUUUUCGGAACAGAUAGUAAAUGAUACUAUAUUCUGUCGAAUAAAUUUAUCUUUCGAUGAAAAUAUAACUCAAGAAAUAUGCAAGAUUUAUCUUUAUAAAACAGUCAUAUAUAUUAAAGACAUAAUAAAGACAA